ACCAGUGUCAGUGAGAGCACGUAAAGCCAUUUCCUCCCUCCCUUGCUAUUGAAAAUUUCGAAUCCACAACCGAGAGAUUCUCUCAGACUCAGAGCAAGAACUUUUCGCGCCAAAUCUUCAUCCCUAGGGUUUCGCUGCGUCUCAUCAUUUACACAAAUUUCUCUCCUCCUUUUCUUCGAUCCAAACAAGCUCAACUAAACCAAAACAAAAAUUCAGAAUUUCUUUUUCUGCUUUCAGCAACAAAUCUCAGAGACAGACAGAAAGAGUGUUUCAGAGAAUUUUAAAGCUUUCUUAGUGUUUCAUAAUUAUUUUCAGAGCUUGAAGUUCGAUAUUAGCUGAGAAUCAUAAAAUAAUUCUGAGCAUUUGAUUGAGAAGCAAGGGCGUUGAAUUUUCGAUGCACAAUUUUCUGUCAAGUUUUUAGGACAAUAUCCCUAACGAUCUUCCCUGAAUAAGGAAUCUCCAGCUUGAUUGAUCUGAGGGCAUUCUGAGUUGAAAUGAGAUGCAAUGCGUGCUGGCGAGAACUGGAAGGGCGAGCCAUUUCCACCACAUGUGGUCACCUUUUAUUGUAAAAGGCACGGAUGAUGCCAGCAAGAUCCUCAGUAAUGAUGGAGCGUGUCCCAUUUGUGACCAGGUGCUAUCUAAAAGUCUUAUGAAACCUUUGGAUAUCAAUCCAAAUGAUGAAUGGACAAAUAUGGCCAUGGUUGGAAUGUCUCCACAGAUAUUGAUGAAAAGUUCAUACAGAAGUGUGAUGUUCUAUCUCGGACAAAAGGAAUUGGAAUGGCAGUGCAAGAUGAACAGAAUAGUUGCUCAGUGCCGGCAGAAAUGUGAAGCAAUGCAAGAAAAGUUCACAGAAAAGCUGGAGCAGGUGCAUACUGCAUACCAGAAAAUGGCUAAGAGGUGCCAAAUGAUGGAGCAAGAGAUUGAGAGCUUGUCAAAGGACAAGCAGGAGCUCCAGGAUAAAUUCUCAGAGAAAUCCAGGCAGAAGAGAAAACUAGAUGAAAUGUAUGACCAAUUGAGGGGUGAGUAUGAGUCAGUCAAACGAGCAGCCAUCCAACCUGCAGCCAACUUUUAUUCAAGAAAUGAGCCUGAUUUGUUUGCUAACCCUGCCAACAUGAUGGAUAAUAGAGACCCUAUCAGAAAAGAUCGGUCGCUUUUCACUCCUGACACUCCAGGGCCUAGAGAGGAUGUAUGGCCAGCGAGACAGAAUAGCUCAAACUCAGGUCCCUUUGAUAUCUCUGUUGGCUCACCAGUGAAACAACCAGUCAUCUCAGUGGAUGCUGGGACAAGAAGGGUUGCUGCUCACCCUGUUUUUGGAGCUGGAGCUAGUAACCACCCCUCAAUGACUUUAAGGAACUUGAUACUCUCCCCAAUUAAGAGGCCUCAGCUCUCUCGUAACCGCCCUCAGAUGUUCACGUUUUAAGCCUGAAGUUGAGGGACUUGCCAUUUGCCAGAUCUUAGAGAUGUUGGAUAAUCUGUUUCAAUCUUUGUCCUCAUUUUGAC